CAAUAACUAAUAAUAAUAAAGCUUAAGCUAACAGCCUCUUGCCUAGUGGAGCAUAAGAGUAAAAAAUAAUAACGAUAAAGCUUAAGCCCUGGGAACUUGUACACUAAUUCGGGCAAUCACUUAACAAUUCUUCACGUUGCAGUAGUUAUAUUGUGUACACUCUCGUUGUGUUUUUAGUUAAUUUUGCAUUGUUAAAGAGAAAUGGGGAGCGAUAGUGAAGCCGAGAAGUCGCAGCAGCGGAAGGAGAAGGAGAAGAAGAAGAUGUUAGCCGUUGCUCCCAUUGCAAAGCCACUCGCUGGCAAAAGGCUGUGUAAGAAAACCUUCAAGCUCGUCCGCAAAGCUGCUGAGCACAAAUGCUUGAAGAGAGGAGUAAAGGAAGUGGUUAAAAGUAUUCGUCGUGGUCAUAAAGGAUUAUGUGUUAUAGCUGGAAACAUAUCUCCUAUUGAUGUCAUAACUCAUGUUCCGAUUCUAUGUGAAGAGGCAGACAUUCCCUAUGUUUAUGUUCCUUCGAAAGAAGAUCUUGCAACUGCAGGAGCUACCAAGAGACCAACGUGCUGCGUUCUGGUGCUAACUAAGCCAACCAAAGGCGAACUAGACCCUUCAGAACAAGAAAAGAUAAAGGCCGAUUAUAGCCAGGUAGUAGCAGAUAUAUCUGAGCUUACAUCCUCACUCUUUUAAGAAAUUGUGUUGUCAUAUAUAUAUGUAAGCUUUGAUGUUUAGAUUCUAUCUUCUGCUUCUCUAGGCGAUGUGCUUUACUGAGUUGAUACUUCAUUGUAACUAUGUAUCUGGCUUAGCUUUCAUUUUAACCCACCUCUGUCUUUAUUUAGUUAAAUUCUCAUCCCUUUCUCUCAAAUGUGUAAUGGUUAAAAAAAAAACACAUGAAAUGUAUCAGAAUUACGUUUCCUGCUUGGCCUGUGAAUAAA